AUGCAAAUCUGCAAGGGAGGAGCUUCUUCCUUCUCCCCUCCUUGCCUCGUUCCAUCCACUCCGUCAUCCCCCUAUCUCUCCAGCAUAUCACUCGGAAUGCAUAGUGAAAUGAAUCCGUAUCACUCCGAGUGUAUAGUGAACUGGAUCUUCAAGCACCCCGUGUGCCCCGUGUGCAAGGGAGCAGCCUUUGUGCUUGAAUCGGGGGAGGUGGGAGCAGGGGAGGUGGGAGCAGGGGAGGUGGGAGCAGGGGAGGUGGGAGGAGGAGUGGUAGAUGUAGGGGACGGGGGUGCAGGGGAGGCAGAUGCAGGGGAGGUGGGAGGAGGGGAGGUAGAUGCAGGUGAGGUGGGAAGAGGGGAGGUGGAUGCUGCAGGGGAGUUGGGAAGAGGGGAGGUGGAUGCAGGGGAGGCGGAUAGUGGGGAGGUGGGAACAGGGGAGAUGAAUGCAGGGGAGUGCACUGUUCGAAGUGUGCUUACAGGGGCUCGCCACAGCGAGGGAUUUGAACCUGGUGGCGAGUCAACGGGCCGCAACCGAACACAGCGGUUGUGA